AUGGGCAGAAGGGCUAGACGGCCUAAGAGAGAAGGCUCAGGCUACCCCAAGGUUCCCAGCGAAGCAGGAAAGAAACUGAUGGAGUCUGGUACUUUCGGCACCACCGAGCGACCACGAGGAACCUAUGGUCGCAAGAGGAAGCUCGCAUACCGGAACAUGAUGCGCGAGCUCGGAGUAGGCGGCUACGGUGCCCAGAAGAGUGCCAACAAGCUCAUAUCCCAGACCAUGAUACCCUCAACUCAGGCCGACAGUAUCAUCAACUACAACCAUCGCUGUUACUCUGGUCAGUUCUCAGACGAUGGCAACUUCUUUUUCUCGUGUGCGCAGGACUUCAAAGUUCGUAUGUACGAUACCUCGAAUCCGUACAGAUGGAAGUACUAUAAGACGGCGCACUAUUAUGGCGGUCAAUGGACUAUUACCGACGCAACUUUGAGUCCGGACAAUAGGUUCCUUGCGUACAGCUCUAUCAGAAGCGCUGUGUGUCUUUCGCCCACAGAUCCCGACAACACUAUGGACCCCACGAUACUCGACUUUGCCGACAUGGGACAAGCUACGAGUCGAAGAACUGGACGUGGUUGGGGCCAUUUUGGUAUCUGGUCUCUCCGCUACUCUGGUGAUGGACGCGAGAUUGUUGCCGGUACUUCAGAUUCAAGUGUCUAUGUAUACGACAUUGAGACACGGCAAUCGAUACUCCGAAUUCAUGGUCACAGGGACGACGUCAACGCUGUCUGUUACGGAGACAAAACUUCGCCACAUAUUCUGUACUCGGGAUCAGAUGAUACGACGUUAAAAGUCUGGGAUAGACGUUCGAUGGGUGAUGGCCGUGAAGCCGGUGCCUUUGUUGGUCACACAGAGGGUAUCACAUAUAUUGACAGUAAGGGUGAUGGCAGAUAUGUGCUCAGCAACGCCAAGGAUCAGACGAUGAAGUUGUGGGAUCUGCGUAUGAUGAUGUCGACGGAGAGGUUCGACAAAAUCGACCCAGAAGAGCACACGACAGGUUUCGACUAUCGGUUCGCACCUUACGACGAAGAAGAAUAUGAAGCUCACCCCCACGACUGCAGUCUGGUCACCUUCCGAGGGCACAAGGUGCUUAAGACGCUCAUCAGAUGUCACUUCUCACCACCAGGCAGCACAGAUGGUCGGUAUGUCUACAGUGGAAGUCAUGACGGCUCGGUCUAUAUCUGGAACAUGGACGCCACGAUAGCAGGCAAGAUCGACGUGCUGGAAGCAACCAGAAACUCACGACCCGAACGAGACGAGCGAUAUGUUGAUCGCUGGGAGCAUGGUGGUGGACGCAGCCAGUGGAGUACCAUUGUCCGCGACGCUAGUUGGCAUCCCACUGCACCGGUCGUUGCUGGUAAGUCAGGUAUCUUUACAACUCUUGAUCCAUUUACUGACAUUACAUAUANNGCAACCUCAUGGAAUGGAUGGGAUCACGGCCUAGGAACAUGCACAGUACAUACCUGGAACGACGGCAAUGAUUCGGACGAGGGAGAACCCAAGAUGGGAGCACGACUGAACCCACAGCUCGAGCAAGACAGCCGAUACUACGAGGGCGUCGCUGCUACAGCUGGCCGAACCACAUCCUCACGACGAUCGAGAUUUGUUACGCGGGCACAAUUGGCUCGAGACGACGAAGAGGAAGAGUAG